AUGGAAAAAGACCGUUUUGAUAUCGUUUUAUUUGGUGCAACUGGAUUCACAGGCAAAUACUGCAUUCCAUAUAUCGUUAAAUUAUCGAAAGUGAAAAGCUUUUCGUGGGCUAUAGCAGGACGAUCAGAAGAGAAAUUGAUGGAAGUUUUGAAAAAGAUAGGAGCAGAAAUGGGCAGUGAUUUAUCAUCGAUAUCAACUAUCGUAGCAGACAUCGGAAACGACGUUUCUUUGUUCAACAUGGCCAGAAGGGCCAAGGUGCUGAUCAACUGCUGUGGGCCCUUCAGGACACUCGGAAGACCGGUGGUGAACGCCUGUUUGAGGGCUGGUACUCACCAGGUGGACGUGAAUGGCGACCCUGAGUACAUGGAAACGAUCGAGUUAGAGGAAAACGAGAAUGCGAAAAGAAAAGGCGUUUAUAUUUUGAGUGCUUGCGGCCUGGACAGCAUCCCAUCAGACAUGGGCAUCGCUUUCCUUCAAGAAAACUUCGGAGGUACUGUCAAUUCUGCAGUCACCUACAUGGAGACCUGGGAGGAAGGCACAAAAACUCCUGGUUCGGCAGUCAAUUACACCACGUGGGUGUCUGCCAUAACUGCGUUUGCGAACAAGGAGAGACUGGUGGAAUUGAGAAGGAGACUUUAUCCCAAGGAAAUGCCAAUGCUUAGGCCAAGGUUGAAACGGAAAAUCCUGCCACACAAAUCGGAUCUGGUUAACGGAUGGGUCCUACCCUUUCCAGGCUCCGACCAUUCGGUAGUAGAACGAUCGCAGAGAUACUUUUACGAAAAGGAGUUCAAGAGGCCUGUACAGGUGGACACCUUGUGUGUGGCAGAAUCGUUUUUCUACGUAAUAUUACUGGCGAUAUUAGGAAUAAUGUUCACCAUUUUUUCUGCAUUCGAAUGGGGCAGGAAGUUCAUGAUAGAUCAUCCAGAAUUGUUCAGCAACGGAGUGUUCAGCAAAAACGAACCCUCCAGGGAAAAAAUCGAGAAAACGUGGUUCGCUGUCACUGUUCAAGGAAAAGGAUGGAAACACACCCCUAGUAACAAAGACCUCGUGCUAGCCACCCCUUGUAACCAAAGUAUGGUGGUCAGAGUCAAAGGGAGGAAUCCCUGUUACGGGGCCACAGCUGCCUGCUUGGUUUGCGCUGCAGUCACUGUGCUCACGCAGAGUGGAAAGAUGCCUGGGAGGGGCGGAGUGUACCCUCCAGCAGCAGCAUUCGCGAAAACUUCUUUGAUCGAGUUACUUAAUGAAAAUGACGUAACUUUCGAAAUAAUUUCUAAUAAACAGAUAUAA